AUGAUAAAGUAAUAUUGGCUGGAGUAUUAAUAAUUUACUAUUGGAUUUUCAUAAAUCAUACUUUCAAGGGAUUCUAAAUAUAUUUGGAUCUUUAUUGAAGUAGUUGCACAUUUUUAAAAAUUAGCAUUACUUUUUCUAUUCAAAGUCAUAAUUGAAAUUCUUUAAAUUAGAAUUUUUGAUCGUAAUAUUAAAUCAUCAGAUCAAUAUUCCUUAUUUGAAUUGAUGUCAAAAAUAACUAUUCCUACUAUUUUACUACUUGAAAGUUUACCUUAUUCUGGGAUUAUAGUAAUACAAUCUCUAAUAGUCUUUUUCCUUUUUGGACCUAUAUUAUUUACAAUUUUUGAAAUGCACAAAGAGAAAUUAGAGUAUUCUACAAUUAAAUACUGUUCUUCAAUAGAUGAUCAAGACAACCUUAAUUGUAAUGUAUUUUAUAUAUCAAUUUAGACAAUCUAAAUCUCUUAAAUCGUUCUUAUAAUAUGCAUAAUUAUAUUGAAUACUUUCUUUAAAAACAAUUUAUGGGUAAUGAAUAAUCCUCAUUUAAAUAAAUGGAGAAAUUUAUAUAAGCUUCAUUUCUAAAUAUAUACCCUCAUAUUAUAGUAAUACCAUUACUUAUAUGGAAUUUUGUGGUAUGGGAGAUAAUAUUUUUUGAUGAUAAAUUGAAUAGUAUUUAUUUUGGACUAUUGAUCUUUUUUAGUAUCUUAACUAAUAUUGGAACUGUAUUAGUUUGGUAUUUAUCUAUGUAAAUCCAACAAACAUAUACAAUUAGAGAUCAAAAUCAUCUUCGUUUAAUUAAAUCUUUUUGGUUUAAUCUAUCAUAACUUAUUAUAGUUUUACCAAUUAUCAUUUAAUAGUUUUAUUUCAUAAUAUAUUCAGAAAGUGAUUAUGAUAAUAAUUCAACACACUUUUAUCUUAACAAUGCUAUAAUACUUAUCCUUUAAAUUGGUAAUUUAUUUGAUUUCUUUAUUUGUCUUCCUUUUAUGGAAACAUAUAAAACUAAAACUAUCCUUAUAAUUAUUCCAUUUACAAUAACUAUUACAGUAUCAUUAAUUUUUCAAUAAAAUCAAAUAGAAAUUAUAUCUAUUUCUCUUAUAGCAGUACCAUUAAUUUCAAGAUUUUUGAAUGAAAUCUAAAAAUAUAAAAAUGAAUAAAUUUUAUAUGAUUCAUAAUAUAAAGAAAAAUAGAAAUCUAAAAUUAAGACCUAAUCAAAAACUGGACUACUUGUUGAAGAAGAAUAAUAAUUUGUUAUAGAAAAAGAAUUGAAUAAUUAAAGAUAAAUUCAAAUUGAAUUUUUAUAAAAUCAAAAUUCUAUGUAUUUCAUUCAUUAUUUGAGAUUAGUGGAUUUGAUGAAACUUGAUGAUCAAUAAAUGAUUGAAAAAGAUAAUUCUGUUAUCAAUAUAAAUAGAUCUAAAUUUCUAUUAAAUGUAAUAGUUCUAUUGAAAUAACAUAUAUUAUAAUGUGACAAUGUUUAUUGUUAUUGCAAAGGAUUUAGAGGAGAAGCAAGAAGAAUUAUAGAAAAUAAUUAUUAUGAAUUAGAUAUGAGAAUAUAUAAAUCAAUUAAAAUUAAAAAUAUUUAAAUUUAAGUUGAAUUAAUUAAAAGAUAUAUUAGAUAUUAUGCAAAACUCAUAUUUGAAUUGGAAAAAGAAAAAUAAAAUUUUGAUAUGAUAAGAAUAACAUAAUUAUUAACUUAUCUUGGAACUUCAGAAGAAUGUUAUUAAAUAUUAUUAUUAGUUAUGGAAAUAAAAGAGAAGUUAAUUAAUUUAAAAAAUCAAUCAUAUAAUGUAGCUAUGUCUAUUUUAUUGAGUUAUAUCAAACAUUAAAUUUUAUAAAAGAUGAAUCCUUUAGUAAAGAUUGAUGAAGUUGAAGCAGCAUUGUAAUACAAGGAUUAUCGAAUAACAGAAGUAAGAAGAGAUAGACUCAUAUCUCAAAUGUUUAAUAAUAUUUAAAUGAAAUAUGAAUUUAUUAGAAAAUUAAUUGAUACUAAAUACAAUUAUGAAAAUCUUUAUUAAGUAAUUAAUAAUAUGGUUAUGUAUAAUUUAGAUGUAAUUCAUAAAAUAGAAUAAUUUAAUCAAUUUUCAUAUUCAAGAACUAGUAUUUUAAUAUAUAUGUUUUAUUCACUUGAAAUUCUUAAUGAUUUUGAUAAAUUCAUUAGAUUGAGAAAUUAAUUGAAAACUAAAAAUUAUAAAUUCUUUGAAUUUAAUGUACCAAAUAAUUAUUAAUAAGGUGCAAAAGUUUGUUAUUUCAAAAUUAAUCUAGCAAGACAUGCUUAAAAAGGUAAAAUAUCAAGAGGAGAAAUCAUUUAAUUUUCAAAUAAUGCUCCUCAUAUGUUUGGAUAUGGAUAAAGAGAAUUUAAAGAUGAAGUUUUGACUGUUCAUUAAUUAGUUAUUCCUCAUUUAUCAGUUAUACAUGAUUAAUUGAUUGAGAUCUUCUUAUUAACUAAUAGACCAUAAAUUUUAAGAAAAAAGAGAGGAUUAUUAGGAUAUAAAAAGAAUAAAGAUUUGAUAUUUGUAGAAAUGUUUAUUGAUAUAUGUUUCAAUAUAUAAGGGGAUACAUUUCCAAUUUACUGUUUUUUAAAACAAAUUAGAUCAGAUGGAGCAUAUGAAAAUGUUAAAGGACAUAUAUUUUUAAAUCAUGAAUUAAGAAUUGAAGGAAUAUCUACUAUGGCUUUGGAAUAAUUUAAAAUGAAAAAUGGCAAAUCAUUAUAUUAAAAAAAGAUAUUUUAUUUAAUUUAGAAUUUCAAAAAGUAUUUAGAUCUUUUGAAUGGUAAAGAAAAGAAAUUCUAAGAAUAAGAAGCAUUACGUUAAGAAUAGGGAAGUUGUUCAUAAAAAUUAGAUUAUAGUGAAGCUGAAUAACUUUUAAAUCAUUUUUCUGUUUCUGCUGAUGACUUAUUAGUUAGAAUUCCUAAAGAAGGUGCAGUUCCAGAUAUAUAUUGUAUAUCUUGUAAAUUUAUUAUGACAAUUGGAAAAAUCAAUUAAAAAGAAUAUAAAUCAUACUUAAUUUUAUUAUAGAAAAUAACAUUUGCAGAUAAUACUAGUUAAAUCUGGAUAGAAUCAUCAAAAAAUCUAUAAUCAAGAACAGAAACAAAUUUUGAUCCAUCUAUUAAUAGAGAUCUUUCUGGAUCAGAAAAAUAAACAGAAAGAAUGUUUUCUAAUAGUGAUCAAAAUUGUGAAUUUUCUAAUAUAAGUGAAUAAAAACUUAAUCAAUCAAUCAAUUUUCAAGAAUAUUAAUUUUAAAAUGGUCCUAACUUUCAUAGUCCUUUUGACUCUUAAAGAGAUCUUUUAUCAAUUAUUGACGAAGAUAAAAACUAGGUACCAAACAUUAUGCAUUUAGAUUAAAAUAUUAACAGUGUUUAAAUAGAUGGCCAAAGUUUACAAAAAUUAUAAUAAAUUAACAAGAGUCUUUAACAAAUAAGACCUCAAUAAAAAGAUCAAUAAUCAUACUUUUAUAAAUCAGUAUCUAAAAAAUCAAUUGAUGUAGAAAAUAAUCAAUCAGAAAAUUAACAAAUUCAAAAAGAACAAGAUAUUCGAAUCACACAAACAGCUACAACUCCUAAUAAUGGAUUUCCUUCAAUAUUAUAAAAAACACAAUUAUACACUAAAUUCUCUUCAUAAGGUAAUAAUCCAAGAUUAAUCAAUAUAAUUUUGCUAGUUGAUGUUUUGAAUUUAUUUUUGCUUCUAAGUUUAUCUCAUAUAUUCUACUAUAAUUUCAAAGUCAAAUUGCAAGAUAACAUGAAAAUUGUUGAUAUUUUAAAAGCCUUUGUAACUACAGAUUACACUAAAAAUACAUUAUUGGCAAUAGGAAUAGAUACUAGUUAAUUUGAAGAAUAUAGAAUUACAGAUAUAAAUUAUUAAGAUAAGUUACUUGAGUUAGUAAAAAAUAAUAGUUUAAUCUAUUUAUCACAUUAUCAAGAAUAUUUAGAUGACAGUCUUGUUAAAUCAACAUUAUCUAAUAUAAAUAUAUAUUAAUAUGAUGUGUUUAGUGAAAGUGAACAAAUAGUGAGUGCAUGGACAGAAUAAUUCUAUGUAAUUUAUAUGUUAUAAGGGUUGUAUGGAAUAGAUUUGAAUAAUGAGACAACCAUUAAAAGAUUUAAUAGUUCAUUGACUUCUUUGAUAAGAUAAUAUUAAGUUCAUAAAGAAACAUAUGAGGAAUUAACUAUCAAAUUCUAAGAUUAAUUAAAUUCUAAUGUUUCUGAAUUGGAAAUUCAAUAGAAUCUCUGUUUAAUUAUAUUUACUUUAGCUGAAAUACUAUUUAUUUUGACUUAUAUUGUAAUAUUCUCUUAAGCAUUUAAACUUUUGAAUAGAAUUCUUAGAAGUUGCGAAUAGAUAUCUUUCAAAGCAUUAGAAACAGAAUCUAUUAGAUUACUUUCAUUAUAACAUCAUUAUUAGUAAUCUUCUGAUCUAAAUCUAUAUAAAUAUCAGUUUUAAUUUAAAGAUAAAUGUAAUCCAACAACUAAUUUUACUGAUUUCUUUGGAAAUAAAAGGAUAUCUAUCCGUUAUCAAUAAAUAGUUUAAUAAUUAGAAUAGAAAAAGCAAUUUCUGAUAACAGAUGAUAAACCUAAUUUUUAAAGAUUCUUUUUUUUAUUUUCUGUAAUCACAUAUUUAUUAGGUUUUGCUUAUUUUUUAACAGUUAAAUUGUUUAAUUCUCAGAAUAUUAAUGAUUUAUAAAGUAAUUUAGAUCUAUUUAAUUAAAAUAUCAUAUAUACUGAAUAAUUUUAUGAAAUGAUGAUGUCUGAUUCAGUUUUACGAAGAUAUUCUAAUUCUAAAUAAAAUGCUAGAUUAGGUGAGUUGGUGAUUGAUUAAUAUAAAUAAUUGGUUAAUGAAUCUUAUAUUGAAGUUUUAGCUUUUACUUAAGAAUUAUCAUCUUAAUCAAAAACAAGUUAUUAUGAUUUAUUGUAAUACUUAACUACAGAUGCAUGUAUUUUAAUCAAAGAUGAGAUGUGUAAAAUUGUAAUUGAUGGAAAACUCACAUAAGGUUUAAUCCAUUCUAUUGAUUACUUUAGUUAAAAAGUUAGAGAAAAUAUUCAAAAUAAUUAUAACAAGGAUUUAAUAACAAAUAUUGAAAUUCAAGAUUUAUUUGGUUUAAGUUUCAUAAGUAUUGGAUUUGACAAUAUAAUGUCUUCAGGACAAUCUUAUUUAAUAUCUAAAUUUGAGGAUGAAAUUAAUACAAGAAAAUUAAUUUUUGCUUUAUUUAUUUCUAUUAUUGUUGUCUAUCAAUGUUUAGCAUCUUUUUUACUAUUUCGAUUUUUUAAGAAUCGUUUUUUUAUUAUAAGAUAAUUACCUUACAUUUUACCACCAUAAUCAGUUUAUGGAGAAGAUAGUUUUUUAAAGACAUUAAUAUAUGUAGAAAAAAUAUAUGAUAAUAUCUCAUAAUGA